AUACUGAGUAUUACACUGGGAUUGAACACCUUGCCUGUUAAAAUGUCUUCUGAGUAAUCUUUCCCCAACAUGUCUGAGCAGCCUGGAGGGCCGGGGAGCGGUAGCCAAAUCAUUGGGGAAUCAGACCUGAGGAUCAUCCUCGUCGGUAAGAGUGGAGGUGGGAAAAGUGCGACAGGAAACACCAUCUUUGGGGAAGAGAAGUUUGAGUCCAUGCUGGAGGCAACGCCUGUUACUCAGAGAUUUAGUGAAGGCAGCAGGGACUGGAAUGGAAGGAAGGUUGUGGUUAUCGACACGCCUGCUAUUUUUGACACCAAGGACUCUGAUGGACAAACUACCCAUGAGAUCAGUAGCUGUAGGGAGCUCUCCUCCCAAGGCCCCUAUGCUCUGGUGCUGGUGACCCAGCUGGGCCUUUUCACUGAGGAGGACCAGCGCGCCGUGAGGACAGUACAAGAGAUUUUUGGCCCCAAGGCCAUGAAGUACACAAUCGUCUUAUUCACUCGCAGAGAAGACUUAUGGAGUGGAACCCUGGGGGAGUAUAUCUUCCACUCGGUUAACAAACAGCUCCUGCAGCUGAUCAAACAGUACCAGGGCCGAUACUGCGCUUUCAACAAUAAAGCGACAUGGAAGGAACAGGCUGCCCAGGCUGAAGACAUGAUGACGAGGAUUGCUUGUAUGGUGGCAGAGAAGAAUAAAGACCAUCUGGUGUGUAAAGCCUCUGAGAAGCUUCGAAAAGAAGUUGAGCCAGAUAAAAGUAAAAAGAAGAUGGGCGAAGUGGAAGAUGAGAUGCAAGUGGCUAUACAGGAUGGAGCUCAAGGGGAAGAGCACUCAUCCAGAGGAAACAGCGGAAAAUAGUGGGAAAAAAACCAAACUUGAGACAGAAAGAAAACAAAGUAGUUUCAUUGUAUUUAGUUCCUUAGGAACUUCUCUUACACUACCACGCAGAGACGAUCUAAAAGAACGCAACCUCCAGCU